AGGUUCAUAUGAGGUUUCUUUUAGUCUCGUCACUGAAUCUGCUACCUCUGUCCUGGCGGGCUCACAGAAGAGGCGAUCAUGGAAGAGGAGGGGGAUACCCACUCGGAGAUGAGGCAUUUUCCUCUGCCGUGGCCUCUCCCCAGGCUCCGCUCUCACAGUGACACCUCCGGAUUCCGGGCAAGAGUUCUGUGCAGGCUCCGGGGAGCCCGCUCAGUUGAUGGGUUGGAGAAAUCAUCAUCGGUGCCCAGCUGUGACGUGGUGGUGGACAGCGCCGCCAAUACCCAGAAUGCCCCUGCAUCACGGCAGCAGCGAGGCAAGCUGUCCUCGCUAGGAAAACUGUUCAAACCCUGGAAGUGGAGGAAGAAGAAGACUAGUGACAAGUUCCAGGACCUUUCCAAAGUUCUAGAGAGAAAAAUCUCCACCAGACAAACAAGGGAGGAGCUCAUCAGGAAAGGAGUUCUCAUUCCUGACCAAGAUGAACCGAUCAGUAGUGAAAAUCUCAAUGGCCAUGCCACAUCCAGCGUGACAUCAGAGGAGGUCAAAGUUGACAUUGAGACUCCAGAAACACAGCUGGGGGAAAAGGCUGCUGGGCCCACCAGCACAGAGGACAAAACAGAGAGGUGUGAUACUAAACCCGUCACCCGGGCAAACCAGGUGCGACCUCGAGAUGUUCAAGCUAAAAAACAGCAAAGUGCCACUCUGCCUGCCUCUUCCAAGUCUGCGGGUGGUACUUCAGCCACAACCAGACACAGAGAGGGUCCCACGAGGACUAAAAAGACGACUAAACCCACAGACAAGACAGGCUCAUCCACUCAAACUAAAGCUAACCCGCAGAGCACUAACAACACUAGUCGCGGGACUGCCAAAUCCUCCCAUCCAAAGAAGACAGGAGGCACAACAAAAACUACCCCCGCCUCCACCCCUCGUUCUCGUGCAUCUAAGGACGCCGGGGCUUCAGCACAGACUAACGGGACAGAUGCAAGGACCAACCGGAAAUCAGACACUCCCAUCUCUUCUGCUGCACCUCAGAAGGCCUCAGCAGAGACACCUAGCCAGCCUGGGGAGUUAAAAUCCCUGCCUCUUUCCUCAGACUCCAAAACACUUGUCUCAUCUAAAGCCACAGGCAAUGAGACAGAGGGAACUCAGUCUGCUCCCAGUGCCUCUACUGUGGGUGAGGAGGCCCACAAAGGUAUGGGUCCCGGACCCACAGUCCAGUCUCUCCACGUCAAUACUGUUACAGAGGACACUUCCUUCACAGAGGGAGGGGCAGACAGCAGCUCACAGGGGGAGAAACAGGAGAAGACAGGAGGGGAGGGAGGAGAAGAAGAAAACAAGAAAGAAGAAACAGAUUCUGUUAUGAGGAACAGCCCAAGGUCAGCAGAGGGCCAAGCUGAAAAGCCACAGGGCCUGAGCGUGAAAACAGAGCAGGCCGAAGUGACGGUGAUCCCCGAUAGGCCGAGAGACAGCCAAACUAGUGACUCUGACUCUGACGGCCCAAUCCUGUACCGGGAUGAGGGAGAAGAAGAGGAGGAGGAAGACGAGUACACAAAUAGCUCUCUGGCCAGCAAGAUCCGCCGACGAGACACCCUCAACAUCAAGCUUGGGAACCGACCCAGCAAGAAAGAGUUGGAGGAGAAAAACAUUUUGCCGCGGAGCUCUGAGACAGAGAGGCACGAGCUGCGCCAGCAGAUAGGCUGCAAACUAGUCAGGCGUCUGAGCCAAAGACCCACCACAGAGGAGCUGGAGCAGAGAAACAUCCUCAAGCAAAAGAAUGAGGCAGAGGAGCAAGAAGCCAAGCAAGAGAUUAAAAGAAGACUCUCCAGAAAGUUGAGUGUGAGGCCUACAGUGGCAGAGCUCGUUGCGCGCAGGAUCCUGCGUUUUAAUGAGUAUGUGGAAGUAACAGACGCCAGGGAUUACGACCGGCGGGCGGACAAACCCUGGACACGGCUUACUCCCGCUGACAAGGCUGCUAUCCGUAAGGAGCUGAAUGAGUUUAAGAGCCGGGAGAUGGAGGUUCAUGAAGACAGCAAACAGUUCACCAGAUUCCACCGGCCCUAAGCGCUCUCACUGCCAGCUGGACGUCAGCACCAGAAGCGCUCCAGUCCACAGCUCCCAGGACUCUCCCAGCCCUCAAGACCCACUGUACACAGCCCAGUCCACUUUGCUUUGGGAUCCUCUGGCCCUUGAUGUAUUCAUGUCUAUAUUGACAGCUACAGGUGUGUCUUAAGAUCUUAGCCAUCCAUCUAUUCGCUGAAGAUGGCCAGAGCUCACUUGUAUAUGUUUUUUUUUCUAUUUUGGAUCACUUCAGGCCUUGUAAGGAGGAAGGAGGGAGGAAAAUGGGCAAAAUUACCCUUGAAGUAAUGAAUGUGAGUUUGUGUACAUGCCAUGGUAUGCCUUGUCAUAAACUGCCAAAUGGCCAUAUAUGGGCAUCCUCCUAGAACAGGAAAUGGGAGUGAUUGGAUAGUUGUGUGCUGAUGUCAGUGCCUAUGUCAUAGAUCAGAGGGGAGGAGAGCCAGUUUGCUGUGCUCCGAUGUGCCUCCCGGAGUUGAAUCUGAAAUACUGCGGCUCAUUUUUAGACAUAUUUAAACUGUAUUGCCACUAGAGGGCAUUAUAUCACAAGAGUUAUAGCCUGUGAGGAUGAAGCUGUGUAUGUAGAUGAAGAAUAAAAGUGCAAAUGUUAUAUUUAUUACUGCUGAAGCUGAGGGAGCCGGGGGGGGGUACCUGAGGCAUUAAAAGUGAAGUGCAGUGGAAAUCAGCCACCACUUCUAAUCCCUCGGCACUCUUCCUGAUGAUGCAUGAUGAUCAUGUACCAUCAUAUAUCCUGUGUUGAGUUAUUAAUUACAGGCGUCCGAUUACAAAGUGCUGGACUUGCUGUUUAGAGGAUCUACUCUUCAUGCAUUGACUUCAGUUUUCAUUUUAGGCUUUUGGCUGGAGCUCUUACUCAGAGUGACUUGGUGCCAAAGGAAAAGCAGGUCAUCUUAUUUGAAAGUUUACUGGUUUGAUAUAAAGAAUUUUUAUGAAUAUAGAGCAGGCACAGAGAGUUUCACCACUGAAGCAAUCAACUGGUUUCUCAAAGAAGUGGGGAAGUAUUUUAUUUUCCAUUUCCUUGAACAUUCUCUAGCAAAUUAAUCUGUCAGCCGGUGACAGCUAUGCAGGGACAGACUUCCUGACAGCUGACCGUUUUACACCUUGCCCUAUAUCUUGAAUCCAGUGGUAAUGAUCUGUUUUUAUCAACUCACAGUUGGAUUUCUCUUUUUGUCCCCAAACUGUAGAAUUUCACCAGGAACCCAAGAGUAUAAAGGAACAGUUCAGUGUUUUGGGAAAUAUACAAAAGCUGAAAUGAUUAGUCAAUUCACUGAUCAACAAACAGUAGAAAAUUAACCUACAAAUAUUUUGAUAAUUAACAAAUCACCUCAGUAAUUUUUGACGCAGAAUAUUAAAAACAGGAGGAUUUGAUCUUUAUCUUAUAUGAUAUUAAACUGAACCUUGGACUGUUGGUCAGAUAAAACAAUCAAUUAGAAUUGCAGAUUGGAAUUGAAAAUUGAAGCUUGGGCUCUGGGAAAUGAAAACGGGCAUUUUUCAAUAUUUUCUGACAUUUUAUAAAUAAAACAAAGAAAAUAAUGGUCAUAUUGACGUAAAAAAAAAAAAUCAUUAGUUGCUGCUCUAAAAUGCAUUUAUUCGCUUUCUGGCUAAGUGAUAGAUUAGAGGGUUGAUGCCACUGAAUGCUAACUAUGAAGCUACAAUCAGCAGGUGAUUAGCUUUGCUUAGCUAAAAGACCCAGAGUGCUGAGUUAGCUGUUUCUCCCGUAUGCAGUCUUUAUGCUAAGCUAAGCUAAGCUAAGCUAAUUAAUUGCCUUCUGGUUGUAGUUUUAUAUUUAGCGCAUAAACGCAAUCUUCUCAUUAAACUCUUGGCAGAAAUGCGAUUAUGAGUAUUUCUCAAAAUGUCAAACUGUUCCUUUAAUAUCACACGCAACGCAAAACUAAUAGAUUUGUGUGUGUUAGGCUGUAAUGAUCUAAGUGUACACAAGGGAAGUUAUAAAGCAGCAUACAAUAUUUUGCAGCUCAUUUUAAAUUCCCCUGCUCUUUUGGAUUGCAUCUUGCAUUUUGUGCACUCUUAGAUGGAUGUUCAGAAUUUAACAGGUCUGAAUUGAUUCAUUGUUAGGAGAUUAAAUACAAAUAGGUAACAGUUGGCUGUACAAUUACUUAUCUACACUCAAGAGGGUUUGCCUUUGCUUGAAUGUGCAGAUACAACGAAAUUUAGUGUGUGUGUGUAGAUUUAUGGGUUAUUAACAUCGUGGCUGAGGUGGUUUGGUCACUGUUCAUCUUUGGAGCAUUCAUAGAUUUUCCGCCUUUAAGUGCUGUGUCGAGAUAAAAUCCAAAACCUCAAGAUGAAUGUUGAUGCAAAAUGUGAAGGAGAUCAAUUAAUAAUUACUUGUUUUUGUAAGGAUGUGUUUGUUUGGCAGAGGGAAAAAAAGUCAGAUGUAAAAAAACAGAUAUGCAGACAGAGGACCUGAACCAUAACUUUAGAUAUCAGAAAUAUGUAAGGACUAAUAUAAGAAGCUGGUAGAGGAAAAAAAAACAUAAUAGCUCACUCAUUACCGGGGAUUUUCUUAUAAAAAUUAAACAGGAACAUUAGUAAUUUUUUGUUCCCAGCACAUUUAGACUAGAAAGAGUGAUGUUUCUUGAUAAGUGAUUGACAGAUUGAGCUUGCUGACGUCCAAAGGCUUGUGUUCAAAUAACAGACCUCCAGCCUCCACAACACUCGUCAUUCUUACAAAUAGUAACUGAAAAGGACAGAUUCAUUCUUUCUGCUUCCGAAUGUGCAGAGGUUGUAACAUGACAUGAUGUACAGUCAUGAAAAAGAACCAACAGUAUUCAUUCAUGUCAAUGUCUAUGUUGUUAUAUAUAUUGAUUAUUUUGUACAGGAUGUAUAUUGAGCAUGUGCAUACAAUGAAAUCAACUUUACUACCAAUAUGAUACAAUGCAACUUUGAUGUGAAUGUUUUAAGCUCUGAUUUUAGUUGUCUUAUUGUUUAUAAUCAACAGGCGCUGAUAAUGAAAUCAGCAGUAAAGCAUAUGUACAGGUGCUGUCUCUAAGCAGCAUAUCAGCCAUAGUGUGUUGAAUAACUGCCAUGUCUCUACCAAACCUACCUGUCUCCUAAACAAACUAUGGACAAGACAUUAUACACGUGGCGAUAAAUCUGAUCAUUUCAUAUUCUGUUCUGCCUUCACCUUGAGUUAAGUCAGCCGGUGCAAUGCAGCUAUUUCAUGGAUAAUGACUCGGUUUAAAAACAAUUUAUAAUCCUUCAUCAUCCUCACUUUUGAUUUAUUUCUUCAGAUGGUCAGCGUUUUACCCUGCACAACAGAAAAAAACCCCACACAGAAUAUAACUCGGUACACUAUAUAACCCAGGUGCAUUUUAUAAGAAAGGGAAACAGGAACUUGAUUGGUUGUAUGUACUGUGAAAUUAGCUUCCAUAAAAGUGAGCAUGGUGCACACUAACAGCAAAUACUGUGAUAAAAAAAAAACCCCAGAAAGCUCAUAUUUCACAGAUUAAAAGUCUGGUGGUACAGUGUUGCUCCUGUCAUGGCUGAGUAAACAUGAAUAUGCUGCUUGCGUCUCUUUUAAGAGGACAGUAAGUUAAACCAGAUAAAUCAGAACUGGUAACAUUUUAACCUGAGCAGUAAGCAGUCAAUGAAUGUAGUUGUAAGCUUAUAUAACAUUUUUAAGUGUUUAUUAAUGUGUUUGUUAACAACUUUAACUCCUUAUAUGAAGCAUCGACAACUGUUGUAUUUAUGAACGCUCAGUAACAUAAAAUAGUAUAUUUAUAAUUUCACAAGUUUUAAACACAUUUAUAAACAGUUUAAAACCUUCCUGUGAAUGAUAUAUGCUAUAAUAUGCUUGGCAACACUGAAAGGAUUUGUACUCAUUACAGCAAUGUUAUACUUUGUUAUGAAUCAUUCACUAACUAUUUAUGCAACAGUUACGGAUGGUUUGCAGGACAGGUCAUAACUGUCUGGCAAAAGAUAUUAAUGAACACUUUGAAAUGUCCUUAUAUGUGAUUACAACUACAUUACAGUAUGGUAACUGUUGAAGUGUUUAUAUACUGCUUAUAGAUACUAAAUCAAGAUGUUAAAAUACAGUGGAGCUUUAGAAAUCUUAUUUGAGUAAAUCCAGGUAAGAGCUUAGUCUCGCCUCCUUUUAGGUGACUUUAUUGUAUUGAAACGACUUAGAGUCUUGGUCUGGAUUAUUGCAACAUGUAGUUGCAAAAAAAGUUUUUUUUUUUUUUCUGAUGAACACUGAUGCCUAACUCCAUGUUUUUUUGUCAAGUAUUGGGUGCAGCAUCUAAACAAAGCAGCUGAUAGUGUGGAAGAGCCUUGACAGUUGUUGCUUAGUCAUGACCUCAGUCAGUAUUAAUCACGAGGAGUGAGUCCUGUAAAAACCUUUACAGAUGCAGUCUGGUUUCAUCCCAUCUUGUAUGGAACUACAAAAUAAGCACAAUAAACCCUAUGACAGUGAGAUCCAAAGAAGCCUCAGUAGUUGAAAAACGCCUCACAUUUCUUUGCACUGUUGAUAACGCAAACUAUGUGAAAUUUAAGUAUCAAACAUACAUUUACUACUGUUAAUUCCAGAAAGUAUUUCUCUAAAAAUCCAGUUGAGUCAUUUUAAAACAUUCACGUCCAAUUUGACACUUGCUUUCCAGACUGCCACUUUUAAUUUGCAAUUCUGGAGACUUCUACCAGUUCAUGAAAAAAUGUUUACAUUUAUGAAUGUCUGCUGUUAUGAAGCAUCCUUCAUCACUUCCCCUAAUCAAAUCCCUAAUUUCAGACAGGAGCCAUAGCCAGACAGCUGCUGCUGCCUUUUAUCUUUACAUAUAUUCAUUUCUUGACCAUGUAAAAUUUACAGUAAUAGGAUUUUCUGGGGAUUUUUGUUUUUUCACACAAAGGCAACAAGAUGCUCAAAAGUAGCAAAGACCCAGGACUGGACUCCAAACACCUUCACUGUAUAUUUGACAUAAGUCUGAACUUUGAACUUAUAAGAUGAUACCAUAUAUCCCCAAAACUGCUACUGUUACGUGCAAAAUGUCAAAAUGUGUAUAUUGUUUUUGUAUAUAAAGAAUUAUGGCAAAAA